AUGGCAUACUAUCUCGGAAUCGACGUAGGAACUGGCUCAGCACGGGUAGCCCUCGUCUCGAGUGACGGUGUUCUCGUAGCUUCGCACACCCACGACAUCCAAACUUGGCGAUCUCCGACAGAUGCACGCAUCUUUGAACAAUCUACAACAGACAUCUUUGCUGCAACCUGCUCAUGUGUUCAAGCGGCCUUGUCUUCUGCAAACAUUGAUAAAUCAGCCAUCAAAGGGAUUGGUAUCGAUGCGACAUGCUCCCUUGCAGUCAUCGAUGCCGACGGCAAUCCCAUAUGCGUUACUUCAGGCGAUCAAUGCGGACAGUAUGGGGACCGAAACAUUGUUCUAUGGGCAGAUCAUCGAGCAGAGGACGAGGCCGGCUUGAUCAAUCAGACUGGCUCUGUCGUUUUGGACUAUGUCGGUGGCAAGAUGAGUCUCGAGAUGGAAAUCCCAAAGAUUCUCUGGCUCAAGAACCAUAUGCCACCGGAGAAAUUCAGCAAGUGCAUCUUUUUUGACCUACCAGACUACCUCACAUAUCGCAUCACUUCGUCCUUUGCCCGCUCCUCGUGUUCACUCGUCUGCAAGUGCUCAUACAUACCUCCGGGGGCAACGCCCGCAACGCAGGGAUGGAACAGUGACUUCUUCAAGGCCACUGGACUCGAUAUUAUGGUCGAAAAUGGCUAUUCUCAACUUGGAGGCGCAUUAGGCGAGGCACUUGCAGGAUCUCAGUGCGCUCAGGGCAACCUAGUUCUUACGGCUGGAUUACCAGUUGGGAGAGGACUGACAAAAGAGGCGGCGGAGCGGUUGGGUUUGGUGGAAGGAACGCCAGUUGGGAGUGGAGUCAUAGACGCAUACGCUGGGUGGAUUGGAACUAUAGCCGCCAGAUACGCGACUCCUGGCCAACCGAACCAGCUCAGUCCGACACCGACGCUGGAGGAAUCCCAAACGAGGCUGGCGGCCGUCGCUGGGACGAGCACUUGUCAUCUCAUUCAAGCUCCAGAGGGCAAAUUUGUACCUGGCGUGUGGGGCCCGUAUAAGAAUGCACUGUUCCCGGGAUGGUGGAUGAAUGAGGGCGGGCAAAGUUCGACUGGACAGCUGAUUGACUUUAUGAUUACCACUCAUCCGGCUUACUCGGAGCUCCAAGAGAUUGCAAAGAAGGAAAACAAGUCUAUUCACACGGUCCUCGCCGACGUUUUGGAUCGCUUGCUCCUCGAAGCUGGAACGAGCUCUCUCACCCGACUCACGAAAGAUCUUCAUCUCUAUCCUGACCUGCAUGGUAAUCGAUCACCACUCGCCGACUCGACCAUGAGAGGGUCCAUAGUCGGCCUCUCUCUCGACUCUUCGUUGGGUGAUCUUGCACGAAAGUUCAAUGUCACGCUCGAGGCCAUUGCUCUACAAACCAGACAUAUCCUAGACGAGAUGCAAGCCCACGGGCACCACAUAGAGGGCAUCUACAUUUCGGGUGGUCAAGCGAAGAAUGCACCACUUGUUCAGCUUCUAGCAGAUGUGUGCAAUACACCGAUCAUCCUCCCAAAUAACCACGCAGCGGCUGUCGUUCUAGGAGCCGCAAUGCUGGGUAGAUUCGCACACGAGAUGGCGGAGGAUCUGACCCUGAGAGACAAGGGCCAAGGGUUUCAAACUCAACAAGAGGUGGACGAGGAGAGCCAGAGGAUUGGAUCACGGCUGUGGGACAUCAUGGCUGAGAUGUCAUUACCUGGAACAAUUAUCUCGCCAGCUGCCAGCGAUAGCGACUCCAAGUUGCUGGAUGCGAAAUACCGCAUCUUCAGAGAGGCGAUUGAGAUUCAAACGAGGUGGCGAGCCACAAUGGAGGCUGCUAGCCAAUAG